AUGGCCCCCGUCGCAACGAGCGAACACACCGAGGUCGCUUCCAACUCUGAGAAGGUGUUCAACCCCUUCUACUCGCCAUCCAUCGGAGAUGACGGCAAUGACUCGUACAAGUGGUCUCAAUACAAGCCCCACUUCCCAAAUGUCUCCUGGGCGCCUCUGCAAGAAGUAAAGGUCGUCGAGCGCGGGCUGCAUGCCGACUCCGCAAAGCGAGGCCUUCUUUCGGCGGCCUCAAAAGUCGUCCACUUGACGCCUGCCAUUGGGACGGAGCUCCACGGCAUCGACUUGCGCCAGCUGUCAGGUUCGCAGAAGGAUGAGCUUGCCCUGCUUAUCGCAGAACGAGGCGUCGUUUUCUUGCGCGAUCAAGAAAUCAACAUUCACGAACAACUCGACCUGGCCCGUCACUAUGGACCUUUGCACAAGCACGCAACCACCCCCGUCCCCAAAGAACCAGGACUCGAGGAAGUGCACGUCGUCUACAACGAUGGCUCUCGCCGCCCCGAUCCCUCUGCCUUCACCAAGCUCGAGCUCUGGCACUCCGACGUCUCGUACGAGAUCCAGCCACCAAGCACCACGUCCCUCAAGAUCUACACCGGGCCCGAAUACGGCGGUGACACGCUCUGGAGUUCCGGCUACGCGGUGUAUUCGUCGCUCAGCCAAGGGUUCCAGAAGUACCUUGAGGGCCUCACCGCCGUGCACAGCGCAGUCGCACAAGCGGACGGCGCGCGCGCAGCGGGCCUGCCUGUCCGCCGCGAGCCCGUCGAGUCGGUGCAUCCCGUCGUGCGCGUCCACCCUGCAACGGGCUGGAAGAGCGUAUACGUCAACCCAGGUUUUACGCGCCGCAUCGUCGGCGUGCCGAAGGGGGAGUCGGAUGCCAUCCUCUCGUUCCUCUUCCAUCAGCUCAGCGAGAACCCGGACUUCCAAGUGCGGUUCAAGUGGACGCCGAACGCCAUCGCCAUCUGGGAUAACAGGGUCGUGACUCACAGCGCGACGUUCGACUUCUGGCCUUCGACGCGCCACGCCCUGCGCGCGACGCCUCACGGCGAGCGCCCUAUCUCGGUUGCCGAGUACGAGCGCGAUGGGAAGGUCGCGAAGGAUCGCCAAUUGGAAAUAUGGCACCAGCAAGGCGUCGAAGUUCCUCAGCCGAAGGAAGAAAGUUCGCGCGCGCGCGGCUACAACGAUUGA